AUGGUUGGGCGGUUAUUAAUUGAGACUGGUGUCUCUAGCAAUAAUGAAUGUCCUAUCAUUAAACAAGGAUGGGAGACUACAACUAUCAUGACGACAGAAACAUUCAACUCUUCUGAUAGCAACAAGAUCGAUAAGAAUAGUCUUCUUUUUAAAAGUAUCUUAAACAACUAUUAUAUACGAAGUAGCAUGCUACCACAUAUACAUAGACAAUUGAUUGGUAACAAUGAUCAUUUGGCACUAAAGGAACAUCAAAUGAUAUCACUCGAUGAUUUCAUACGACUACAUCGUACUGAUCUAUUCAUCAAACAUUUUGACCAAGUCUAUCAAACUAUACAACCUAAAGAAAGGGAGUUUAGUUUCAGUGGAUCAGUAUGUGCAAUCAUAGAAUACAACCCUUCCGUCAAUCCAAUUAUUAAUCAUCAUAUUCCUUCAUAUUCCUCUCUAGAACAAAACAUUUGGAUAUAUCCUUGGGAUUAUAUUUAG